AUGUCCGAGACCGCCGCGCGGGACUGGACCAUCGUCCUCGUCCUCACCGCUCUCUGUCUCAGCAUCGUCGUCCUCAGCCAAAUCCUCACGACGUACGCCUCAGCCUAUCUCGCUGCUCCCAAUGAAAUCACCGUGUUCUUGGACACGGUUGAUUUCUCGAUAAUCGAAAACGAGACCUAUGACAGAGAUAUCGCCAAGCUCCAGGGUUUGGAGGACAAGGUCCGGCUAGGCCGCCUACUGCGCGAGAUACAGCGAGGGGGCGAUGACUUGAGGGAGGAAGUCAGCCGUCUUCUUAUCGACGAGGACACGCAAAGAUUGCGGACCAGCGCGAGGCUAUUAUGGGCCUCUAACAAGAGGCUGUUGGAAGACCGGGUACGCCGCUUGGAUCAGUUGCGGAUGCGCUUCCUAGUUCUAUACCUGGGCGUGAUCACCACGACGGCGGCCAAAACCACCACGUCUCCGCCAAGGGACCCCGAGAAGUCCCUAGUCUUGUAUGGUGCAGAAGCGAAUGGCUCUCCCCGCGCCAGCCUCGCCAAAUCUCUCACCGAGAGUAUCGGAAAGAGACCGCCCUUGCGGAGACUCACGACGCAGGCUAUCGGCCACCAUCACGACACUGCGGGUGCCCAUAAGCAAGGCUGGUUUGGAGUGGUCCAAGAAUUGCAGCGAUCCCCAAGAUGCAACAGAGGCACGCUUCUAUAG